AUGCUUCUUCUGAUGCCGCCUAUGGCAGUGAACCAGAUGGGCCAGGCCAUGUCGCCGAUGUCACCCAUCUCGCCAUCGGCAAUGUCCCAGAUGUCAAUGCCGAACCCGCUCUCACCAACGGCGCUUUCGCCCAUGUCCCCGGUGGAGUUCUACCCGGGCAGCCCCACUGCCAUGCGCAACUACCACAGGAGCAACAGUGGAGCCAGUGCUUCCGAUGUCACCAGCCCGGUGAAUACCAACAGCCGCAGCUCGAAGGGACCCAUCUCCAAGCUGCAGGAGUUUGUGCAGAGCAGCAAGGCGCAUCCGCUUCCCAGCAGCUGUGCGGUGCUUCAGUGGAGUCAUGAGAAUCGCAUGGCUGGAUCGAGCCUGCAGUUCCGCGCGACGACCUCCUUCUUGCUAGAUGGCGUGCCGCACCACGUGCUGGGCGGCUGGUGGCCUUCAAAGAAGCAGUCCCAGCGCGACGCUGCCGAGAGGGCUCUGGCAUUCUUCAUCGGCGUGUGCGGACAAGAGCUCACAAAAGGGCACGAAGCGCACCAGGGAGCUGGCCGCAAAUCUCCAGCCGCCGAAGGUCACAAAGAGGACGAGCCAGAUGAGGUGUGUGAGCUGGAGGACUUCGUUGGGGAACAGCUGAGGUGGAGCUGCCGCUGGGAGGCCCAGGACUCGCAGGACCCCAUCCUCGAGGCACUCUGCAAAGCCACGGUCGAAUUCCAAUACCUCGGUGUGUUGCACGUCUUUGCUGGCAAAGCUUGCAGCAGCAAAGUGGCGGCAAAAACCGACACUGCACGACGCGUCCUGUGGUACUUGCACUGCCCUGGUUACGAGAACGCUUUCGACGUCGAGCAAGAUCAAGUCAAGACCUUGGCACAGGCCAUUCCAGAGCCAGUGCCGGGCACUUGGCCGCCCACCCAGGAGGCCUUUACCAUGGCAGGCAGUCCAAGCACCGUGGCAUCCACCUGUGAACAGGAGAUGGACCUCAGCCCCUGCAGCCCUUCGCCAUUGAGCCCGGGCCAGCGAUCCCAAGCAGAACAAGCAGAGCUUCUGGAGCGCAAGACCACCGUGAUGCGCUUGCAAAACCGCCUGCAGAAGAUCUUUGCUAAGCAGCUGACUCCUGGAAAAAGCGUGUGGUGCUGGCGCUAUGAGAAGAACGACGCAGACCAUACUUUCCAAGCCUCUGUGCACAUCUCGCUCCUCGACCGGACCUUCACCGGCGGUUGGGCGUCCACCCACCAAGCUGCUCAGAUGGAGGCUUGCAACCGCCUGACUGCUUUCCUGGACAAGGACUUCAAGAUGUGA